AUGCACAGGGCCAGUCUUACUGGACAUCAGAGAAUCCACCCUGGGGGGAAACCUUAUGAAUGCAACCAAUGUGGAAAGACAUUCAGUUUGAGCUCCAGUCUUGCUGUGCAUCAGAGGAUCCACACUGGGGAGAAACCUUAUGAAUGCAACCAAUGUGGAAAGACAUUCCGUCAGAGCUCCAAUCUUUCUGUCCAUCAGAGAAUCCAUACUGGGGAGAAACCUUAUGAAUGCAAAGAAUGUAGAAAGACAUUCAGUUUGAGCUCCAGUCUUGCUGUCCAUCAGAGAAUCCACACUGGGGAGAAACCUUAUGAAUGCAAGCAAUGUGGAAAGACAUUCACAAGUAACUCUAGUCUGGCUUAUCAUCUGAGAAUGCACGUUGGGGAGAAAUCUUAUGAAUGCAAGCAAUGUGGAAAGACAUUCACUCAGGGAUCCAGUCUUGCUGUACAUCAAAGAAUCCACACUGGAGAGAAACCUUAUGAAUGCAAGCAAUGUGGAAAGACAUUCCGUCAGAGCUCCAAUCUUGUUGUCCAUCAGAGAAUGCACACUGGGGAGAAACCUUAUGAAUGCAAGCAAUGUGGAAAGUCAUUCAGUUUGAGCUCCAAUCUUGUUGUCCAUCAGAGAAUCCACACUGGGGAGAAACCUUAUGAAUGUAAGCAAUGUGGAAAGACAUUCCAUCAGAGUUCCAGUCUUGCUGACCAUCAUAGAAUCCACACUGGGGAGAAACCUUAUGAAUGCAAACAAUGUGGAAAAACAUUCACAAGUAAUUCCAGUCUGGCCCAUCAUCAGAGAAUCCACACUGGGGAGAUACCUUAUGAAUGCAAUCAAUGUGGAAAGACAUUUACAAAUAAUUUUAGUCUGGCUUAUCAUCACAGAAUCCACACUGGGGAAAAACCUUAUGAAUGCAAGCAAUGUGGAAAGAGAUUCCGUCAGAGCUCCAGUCUUGCUGAUCAUCAGAGAAUCCACACUGGGGAGAAACCUUACGAAUGCAAGCAAUGUGGAAAGGCAUUCACAAGUAACUCCAGUCUAGCUUAUCAUCACAGAAUUCACACUGGGGAGAAACCUUAUGAGUGCAAACAAUGUGGAAAGACAUUCAGUCAGGGGUCUAGUCUUGCUGUCCAUCAGAGAAUGCACACUGGGGAAAAACCUUAUGAAUGCAAGCAAUGUGGAAAGACAUUCAGUUUGAGCUCUAAUCUUGCUGUCCAUCAGAGAAUCCACACUGGAGAGAAACCUUAUGGAUGCAAGCAAUGUGGAAAGACAUUCCGUCAGAGCUCCAGUCUUGCUGACCAUCAGAGAAUCCACACUGGGGAGGCCACGAAAAGGACGCUUGGAGAUCUCCCGUCCAGAAGGGCCCGCGGUGGCCCCUCGAACGAGCCUGCAGUCGUGGGGUUCCUAGAAGCUGGGGCCGAGGCUUUGGACAGCUCACCCGUCCAUCAAACUCCUGGACCGGAAGAGGAGGGACUUUCCCCGCCUCUUUCCCCGGUCCCAGCUGCGGCCCCGCAUCUCCUUCCUCCAGCUCCGCCCUCCGGAGGCAGGGCUCUGAGGGCCAGCCAGGCUGAGCGUCCCGCAAAGCUGGCCGCCCCCUCGGUGGCCCUGGUGAAGGCUCCGGCUGCGGCCUCGGCUCGGGCUCCGGUUACCAAGCGCUCACAAGCUUCUGGACGCUGCCGCAGCUGCUCCCCUCCGGGUGCUGCAUCCCCGCUGCGCGCCCCUGCGGGGGGGGGGGGGGCUCCAGGCAGCCACUCUCAGUGGUGGGCGGGCCCCGCGCCGUGGCCCACCGCCUCUGGUAUUGGACGCCCGGAGCUGCCCGGGGCGCCCUCACCCCCUUCUCUGCCACUGCUCGCUGCAGGCCCCCUGCUCGGCUCGCGGCCUGGCCUGCUCUCCCCGCCUCCUCCUCCCCCUCUUCUUCCGGCGCUCCUCCCUUCUCCUCCCGCCCUCCCAGGGCACCCCAUCCGGUCCUCCUUCCGGCCUCUUCCUAACUGGCCUGGGGAACCGGGCCAGAGCGAAGCCUCAUCGGAGCAGAACCUUCUACCCAGAAUGCCCCACCCGGAGCCUUCGCGCCUGUCCCUGCCUAGCACAAAGGGGGAAUGCAAACCCCCCGCAGGGCCCCGAGCCCUAGUCAGCGCGGAGUCUGCACAAGCAGUCCGUCUGCGGAACCCCCAUAAGAGGAACCCAGGAAACGUCCCGCCUCUCGGCAGAGCUGCCUCUUCCACUGCAUUUUCCCAGACGGGCUCUCCCGUCCUUGUUGUCCCAGGAAACCUGCAGGACGCAAAUGGAGCGCCGCCUUGCUUCAGAGUGCCGGGGCAGCCAUUGCCCCUAACGUGGGCCUGGAAGGGCCCCAGCCUGUCAGCCCAGGUGUAG